AUGCUUGAAAGACUAUAUUAUGGAAUACUAUUCGUAACCUUUUCCAUAAUUCGCAAGCCAAUAAUAUUUUUAAUCAAUAUUUUGAAAUUGUUUUUAGAUGAAAUUACUUUGGAAGGCUAUAAAAACAGUAAACUUGGCAGUAGAUACAAAUAUUCAGAUCCAUUAAUAGAAAAAAUAGCCAAAGCUAAAGAUAUUACUGACUUGUGCUAUCUUCAUGGAUACUAUGUCCACGAACAUGUGGUCAAAACAAAGGAUGGCUAUUUACUAACCAUCCACAGGAUAACCAAGACAACUAAUGUUAAUAACAUUGAUGGUGAUAGCCGUAAGACCAAACCUGUCGUAUAUUUCCAUCAUGGUUUAUUAACCAACAGUGAGCUAUUCGUUUCUGGUGAUACCAAGGAAAAGUGUCUACCGCUUUUAUUAGUGGACUUGGGGUAUGAUGUAUGGUUAGGCAACAACAGGGGUAACAGUUACAGCAGAAAACAUAUUAAUUAUGAAGUUAAUGAACAAAAGUUUUGGGACUUUUCACUUGAUGAAUAUGCCAUAUUUGAUAUACCAGAUACCAUAGACUACAUACUGGAGUUAACCUACCAAGAAAAAAUCAUAUAUAUUGGCUUUAGCCAAGGUGCUUCACAAGGAUUUGCCUCAUUAUCUAUCAAUCCUAACUUAAGCAAAAAAUUCAAAAUUUUCAUUGGGUUAUCGCCAGCCAUGAUUCCCAAAAAUUUAAAUCAUCCUAUAGCAAACUAUGUAAUACAUUGCUCACAUAUUUUGUUAUACACUUUUUUCGGCAAAAAAUCAUUAAUGCCUAGCGUUUUGUUUUGGCAGAAAAUGUUAAGUCCGGUAACUUUUAUGAGAGUAGUUGAUAAAUGUCUAGUACUACUAUUUAAUUGGACGCAUGGAAAUAUAUCCAUCCGCCAAAAAGAAGCAGGGUAUCCUCACAUGUUUUCACCAACAAGUGUUAAAACUUUGGUUCAUUGGUUUCAAAUUAUCAAAAGGAAAAGGUUUCAGAUGUUUGAAGAAAAUCCAAGUUUGUUAGCAGAAUUUAUUACAAAAGAUGAGGAACGAGAAUAUGCCUAUAGUAAUUACCCAUUAGAAACUAAUUCUAUAUCUAAGGGAUGUAUAUUUCCCGUGCAAACGAUUAGGGAUUUACCAAUGUUUUUAGUUUAUGGUACUUCAGAUAUCUUAAUAGAUAUGGAUAGGACCAUGGAAAAUCUAAAAAAUAACAAUUCAUUGGUUGAUUUCAUAAGUAUAGAUGGUUAUGAGCAUAUGGAUACAUUAUGGGCUUCAGAUGUUAAAGAGACUUGUUUUGAUCCAAUAAUUGAUAGAUUAAAAAAACUUGAAUGA